UGAAUUUAAACGAGUAAUGUGUGCUUAUACCGCAGCCAGAAAUAUAUUAUUUUUAUAUCUCACGAAACGUUAACAUUGAUUUUUACUCUAAGUUAAUAUAUCCUAUUUUGCUUAAAUUUUUUACUUGAUUGUGRUGUAUUUACUAUACUACAUCUGAAUAUCUGUAUAAUUUAAUGAUUUACUAUAAGAGUUGGUAUGUAAAAAAUAAUUAUGUGCGAGUAUAUAACGUUUAAAAACGAACGCGUUGUGCUAUAGUUCUGUAGUAGUGAUUUCAAUCUCGGACCGGACUGCAAACGAAAAACAACCACCAACGGGUUGAAUACACAUACGUAGGAUAUUGAUACAAUCGCCAAGAUGUUGAACACUGUAAUCGAAGGGUACAACACCCUAAUGAACGAUUACAGUGACAAAAGGGUUAAAGACUGGUUCCUUAUGAGCAGUCCUUUACCUACCAUGGCCAUGUGCCUGUCAUAUGCAUUCAUCGUCAAGUAUUUGGGACCGUGGUUGAUGAGAGACCGUAAACCAUUCCAACUGCGAAAAACAUUAAUCGUUUAUAAUUUACUGCAAGUCAUAUUCUCCUCGUGGAUCUUCUUCGAAGCAUGGGACGGUGCAUGGGGCAACGGUUACAGUCUUCGAUGCGAACCUGUUGAUUACUCGACAUCCCCGGCCGCUAUGAGAAUAGCUCGAGGCUGCUGGUGGUAUUACUUUUCUAAAUUCACGGAAUUCUUCGAUACCUUCUUUUUCGUUAUGCGUAAGAAAUACGAUCAAGUAUCUACCCUGCACGUCAUUCACCACGGAAUCAUGCCGUUAAGCGUGUGGUUCGGCGUCAAGUUCACGCCUGGUGGUCACAGCACAUUUUUCGGACUGCUUAACACGUUCGUGCACAUCAUCAUGUACACGUAUUACAUGUUGGCUGCCAUUGGACCACAAAUGCAAAAGUACCUCUGGUGGAAGAAAUACUUGACUGUGCUCCAAAUGAUCCAAUUCGUUAUGGUGUUCGUCCACGCAUCCCAGUUGCUGUUCAUUGAAUGCGAUUACCCGAAGGCAUUCGCUUGGAUCAUAUUGCUGCACGCUGUCAUGUUCUACAUUCUGUUCUAUAACUUCUAUCAACAAUCGUACAAGAAAAGGGAGGAUAAGGAGAAGGUGGCUCAAAAGAAGAAGGACGACGACAACCGGGCAAACAACCGGCCCGUAGAAUUGCCGAAACCCGCGUCGAACAAAUCGUUCUGGGCCAAUCUGACGUCGACGCCGUGUUUCCUGCCCGCCGUCACGGACAUUGAUGCUUGCGACGAGAUUUACUCACGACCACCUGUCAACGGAACAGCUGGUAGCGCCUUCUUGUCUGACGAUUCAUUUCGCAACAGGGCGUUUGUGUCCAAGUCGGCAAACACGUGAUAAAAUAUGUUCACAACUUUCCCAUCCCACGGACCUACUCCCAUACACUAAAACCACUGCAAAACCACCCAUGUCGCCAUYCGCGGAUAGGUCACGCCGCACAUAUCAACUAAAACCGAACCAAAGACGCGCAAAAUAAUAAUUUAAUACCCGAAUAAUAUAAUAUAGAUAAAUUACAGUGUAGGUACAAUAUUGUGUAACCGACCAAACCCGAAAAUCAUUCAAUUGCGCACCGACCUCGACAUCAUCCGUUUUUAUUUCCAACAACCACCUAGGUUUUUGACUGACUCAUUUUCUGAUUCCCUGAAUACAGUUACGAUAAUAGUAUCACUUUUAUUUGUGCACAUUUUUCUAACAUUUCAAGACGUUUCGAGAUGUUUCAAGACGUUACUAUUAUUAUUAUUUAUGAAUAUUUUGUUUCACGCAACUUCAAUAAUAGCUCAAAAAAAAAAAAAAAAAAAAAAAAAAAAAAUGAAUUAAAUUCCCAUUGUGUUCAUCUGCGAUGUGACAAUUUCUCGUUUAUAAUGUAUUAUCACAUAGGCAUUAGAGCCCAUAGAGUUGCAGUUGUACAUUAUUAUUAUUAUUAUUAUUAUUAUUCUUAUUAUUAUUAUUAUAUUUAGUAUAAUAAUUAUUGUUAUUAUUAUUACUAUUAUAUGAGCACAUGCGGUCGUCUGUCGUCGUAUUUUGACAGGACGCGAUGACGAUAAUGAUUGUUAAUAUACUUGUCCAAUCCAUCGCGACAGUGCGACCGUUAGUCAAAAUCAAUUUAAUUUCAUUAAUUUUUACUAUAGAUUACACAUCGUAUAUUAAAUUGUAUAGAUAUAACGUAUUUAUGAAUUAUUAUAAUGAUUACGUCGUGAAGGUACGACUAUCGUGCGUGAAAUGUAUAAUAUAUUGCUGCGAGGCAAGGAGGUUAAACAAAUAAUAAAMAAUAUCGUGGUAUGUAAUGACAGAAAUUUAAAUGUACAGUUUGGUUAAACUCUUCAGGUCUUCGUUAUUGUGUAUAAUUAUGUUAUAUGGUAUUGGUAUAUAUAAAUCUGUAACCUAUUUUCUCAACUUUUUUGUUAUUUUAUUGUAUUUUAAUUAAUAUAAUGCCUAUAAACUAUACUGUGCACCUAUGCUAAUUAUGAUAGGUACGAGUCAUAUGAAAAAAAAAAAAUUAAAAAAUAGUUACAAAACGGUUGUAUGCAAAAUCGUAGCUCCAUUAUCUGAGCGAAUUGUUUGACUGUACACUUUGCAACUUUCCACUUGUUUAUAAUGUUAAAGUAUAGUCGAACAGACAACUAUUAUAAUAUUUAGUAAGUUUUAUUUUUAUGUAAUUUAAAUAAUAAUAUGUUAAUCUUAUGUAAUAUUCAGUCAUUUCUAGUGCCCUGUAUUUCUUGCCUUGUUUAAUUAAAUAUUAAUUGUAUGAUUGAAAUAUAAAUAAAAAUGAUGUAAUAUUUUUAA